AUGGACAACGCGGCGGACGAGAUGUUCCCACAAGACAACAAGGCGGGAGAGUCGUGUUCCCUCAAUUCUUCCUGGUCCUGGUCGGGAUGCAACGUGAGUCACGAGGAGAGCUGGGAGCCGGAGAGUCUGUCCCCCAUCAUCCCUGUCAUCACCGCCCUCUACUCGCUGGUCUUCGUGGUGGGCUUGCUGGGGAACUGCCUGGUCAUGUACGUCAUCGUCAGGUACACCAAGAUGAAGACGGCCACCAACAUCUACAUCUUCAACCUGGCGCUGGCCGACGCCCUGGUCACCACCACCAUGCCCUUCCAGAGCGCCGACUACCUGCUCAACACCUGGCCCUUCGGCCAGGCCGUGUGCAAGGUCUUCAUCGCCAUCGACUACUACAACAUGUUCACCAGCAUCUUCACGCUCACCAUGAUGAGCGUGGACCGCUACGUGGCCGUCUGCCACCCCGUCAAGGCUCUGGACUUCCGCACGCCCGCCAAGGCCAAGGCCAUCAACGUGUGCGUCUGGAUCCUGUCCUCCGCCGCCGGGAUCCCCGCUCUGGUCCUGGGGGGCACGCAGACCAGCGGCGGCAUCACAGAGUGCGCCUUACAGUUCCCCGAGCCUUAUGUCUACUGGGACACCCUGAUGAAGGUCUGCGUAUUCGUCUUUGCGUUCGUGGUCCCGGUGCUGAUCAUCACCGUGUGCUACUCGCUCAUGGUCCUGCGCCUCAAGAGCGUGCGAAUGCUGUCGGGCUCGCGGGUGAAGGACCGCAACCUGCGCCGCAUCACCCGCCUGGUGGUGGUGGUGGUGGCGGUCUUCGUGGUGUGCUGGACGCCCAUCCACAUCUUCAUCCUGGUCAAGGCGCUGGUCCGCGUGCCCGAGACCACCGCCGUCAUGGCCGCCUACUUCUUCUGCGUGGCGCUGGGCUACACCAACAGCAGCCUCAACCCGGUCCUCUACGCCUUCCUGGACGAGAACUUCAAGCGCUGCUUCAAGGACUUCUGCCUGUCGGCCAGGGUGAGGCGCCAGAGAGCCGCCGGGACCAGGAGGGCGCUGGAAGUGGUGCGGGAGGCCCGGGUGCCGCUGCAGAACCCGGACCAGAACAGUAAGCCGGCGUGACUAGCCGUGGAACUGUCUUCCGUUUCUCACGGCGGGAAAGAAGACUCCCGAGACCUUGGACUCACUCACGUCACCUCCACCUUGUAGACCAGGUCUUUCUUCAGAAACUGAAUUAUUGACGCUAUCUUUCCUUCAAGACUUCUGGAUUGACUUCUUAGUCUGCUCACAUUUGGCAAAGGGCUACAACGUUACACAACACACUACACAAGUGACACACUACACUAUACAUGUUACACGCUACACU